UAAGAGAAUUAUUUCAUACGGUAAGGGACACAGUCUAUGAAAAUAUGGAUUUACUAAAUGGAUCAUUUAACGUUUUGGAUAUUCUUGCCAGGAUAAAUUUGCACAAUAAAUCAUUGAACACCAGUUUAUUUCCAGAUGUGGAUAUGUACGAAGUUCCAACAUUUGUAGUUGCCCUGCUCGCUCUGCUGUAUGGUUCCAUAUCAGUUAUUGCUAUAUUAGGUAAUGGUUUGGUGAUUAUUGUUAUAGCCAGAGAUAAGCGCAUGCAAACAGUGACAAAUAUUUUUAUAGCAAACUUGGCCUUUGCAGACGUUAUACUUGGAAUGUUUACCAUACCUUUUCAAUUUCAUCCAGCAUUACACCAAAGAUGGGAUUUUCCCGAAUUCCUAUGUAAACUAGCACCGUCAGUAAAAGUGUUAUCAGUAAGUGUUAGUGUUAUAACAUUGACUGUUAUUUCCGUGGAUAGAUACGUUGCUGUAAUGUACCCGUUAAAAGCUGGUUUUUCAAAAAGCUCCGCCAUUAUGUGUUUAUUGAUCAUUUGGGGGCUUGGUUUGGGAUCAUGUUUUCCUGAAGGAUAUUACUACUAUGUCCAUUACAUGAUUAAUGCUGAAUUGAAAUUUGUACUGACAUGUGAUGCGUCUUGGCCGACUGAAAAUUUUGGAAAGUAUUACCAUCUUUAUCUUUUACUUGUACAGUAUCUAUUUCCACUUUUGGUAAUAAAUGUUUCAUACACGAGAAUUUCGUGCAAGAUAUGGGGAACAAAGCAACCAGGAAAUACUGUUGAUAGGGGAAACAGAGAUAACGCAAGACAGCGUAAUAAGAAAAAG